AUGAAAACUAAAGGUGCCAUUAGACAACCAUGGACGUUUCUUGCUGUUACUGCCCCAUUGUGUCUGUACUACGUGCUAUUAGCUGUGAUGAUGGCAGGGAUGUGUCGUUGGUAUAGUUUUGCGCUUGCAAUUGCUACAAUAGUUUUUCUAGGCAUUCUUAUACCAAUAGGAGUUAUCGCACAAUUGCGUUGUGAUAGAGCGAAUGCUGAAGUGACAGCCCCACUGGUAUGCUUUACUAAUCCAAAUGAGUUUGAAAGUGAAGCAGUAGAACAUCGUCAUCAGCGUCAGAGAUCUAAGACUCCACGAAGUUUACGUAACCCCUCGGUAGCUUCUCGGAUACGAGAAGAGAAGUUAGGAUAUGAUGCUGCUGCAGAUAAUGCAUUCAAUAAUAAUACUAGUAAUAAUGGUAGUAAUGAUAAUGAGACUUCAACACAUUUGGGAGAACAACGCCUUUCACCAACGGCAUCUACUUCGCUCACAAGUAGUUCCGCUACAGAUGUUAAACCUAUGUCAUUUCCCGUAUUGCGUCAAUCAUGGUUGCAGAAUGGAACAACAUACUCUUCUGGUGAAGAGAAAAAUCCUUCAGAAAGGCAGACUCAUCUGAGGUCUAUACAACACAAUCAUAAUAUGAGUAUUGACUCUACACGAGUAGAAAGUCUCACAAAACUCUCCCUUGCUACGCAGUGUUCAUCAAAUCAACCUCAGAGAUUUCUUGAUUAUGAGGAGGAUGAUGGAGGAGCUGUAGAAGAUAAACCUAACCCUGCUCUUGCCGAGAUGCGCUCACUGGACCGAGAAGAAGUAGAGAAUAGACGUCCUAUGGCUUUUUCAAUUUACAGUCAAACCACACUCAAUGAAUCUCCUCUUGGAGUAUCUUCGAUUAAACCACUACCAGUAAUAGUACAAUGGGUGUCUAUCAUUUGUCUCAUAUUAUUGGAAAUACUACUACUUGCAGGGUCAUUUUGGAUAGCAUUCAGUAGCGAAGAAGGCAUUGCAGCUAUUCCUGCUUUUUACGCCCCAUUUAUCUUAAUGCAUUUUAUGCAUCUUCUUCGGUUUGUUUCCGGAGACGAAAAAGAUACCGUGAAAAGCAAUUGCAUUUCCUUUCUUGCUCAUCCUGCUACAUCCCUCUUUGUUGCUAUUAUUGGAAUGAUUUUGUACAUUUUUGCCGUUGCCCAAUCCUUAAGAAUGAGUUGGACGGAACCAUAUGUAUGGGGAUGUGAUGGUACGGUGUCUAUGGCUCUACGUGCGGUUUAUUAUCUCUCGCCGCUUCCUAUUGUGGUGGCCCCGUGGUUUGGGCGGGGAUUCGCCGUGGCGGCCCGCGUCGGUGGGAUGAGAGCCUCAACGGCCGGAAAGUACAAAACACCCCGCCGCGCACCUUCACUCCAACGGGGAUCCCGCAGUCGUAGUCAUUCAAAUCCAUUUCACCAGGGCCGUGUUAGCGCAUUACGGGUGUUUCAUUCGGAUAAUGAAUUAGAUGAUGGAGAAUUAUCAUCUAUUCAACUCUCACAAUGUCCAUCAGCUUCUGCUACGCGUAAUUGCAAUCGCUCAGGGCGCUCCAUCGUCUUUACAUCAUCGGGAACAGCAGCAGGGAGUCAUGUCUCAUCCGUUCAUCAUGCUGUACCUGUCGGUUUUCAGCCACAAGUGAAAAGCGUUACACUAUUGUAUGUGGCAUACCGUGAUCCAAGAAGAGUAUCCACUAGUGUUGAUGGUGAAAGAAGAGAAUUCAUAAAUAAUAAAAAUCCAAAGGAACUUCAGGAAAUGGAAUCGGCUAAUUUUCAAGCAUUAUUAAAUGCAGCAAAGGAAAUGGAAGCCCAUCAUGGUCCAUUUAUUUUAACUGCCCAUCGUGAUGCUUUAUGCUUUGUAUGUGGUGUACAACCAUUUUCUGCAGAUCCGAUCCUUUGGGCAGUUGAUACGGCAAAUGAUUUCUUUAAGGUAUUCGUUCCACCAACUAAGAGUGAAAACAAUUAUUCUCUUGUUGCCGCAGUACUAUAUGCUCCUCAUGCGUUAAUUUCUAUUGUAGGUACAAGUGAAAUGUGUACGGUGCAUUUUUUGGGUAAUGAACACUAUGUUGGAGAACAACUUCUCUCACGUGGUUUUUUGCUCCGUAGUCUUGAGAAACAGAGACGGUCAGGAAAACCCUUUUCUACAAGUGGAUUAUUACUUGAUUACCGCGCUGCACAUCUCGCCGCUUCAAGGAUUUUAUGUCGACCUGUUGGUAUAGUUCCUAAUGUCUCUUCUACAUGGACCACGGGAUCAAUAACGGGUGCUAAUUCACCAUCCAAGACAAUGUUAGAGAAUUAUACUGUAAUUUACGACUUUGUUUUGAGAAUCAAUGAAAAACAUGAGGAGUGGCACCUUGCGGCGGAAACGCGGGAACAGCGGUCGGCAGGUUUUCUGCCAGCAGUUGAGGCAGCCCAGGCAUUCUUUCAAGGAAACUUGAAUGCGGCUAAACGUGCUCUUGGAAAUCCCACAAAUAGUGAACAUGACGCGUUGCUGCAGCUGAUGUCGUCAGACGUGGAUCACAUUAUGGCAGUUAGUAAGGGCUCGAGAAAAACGACAGAAUGA